CGUGUCUGUGGCUUCCUGCAGCUCGGCUUUAAAAACAAGCGAGUGGGCGUGCACAGGCGAGUUUUGUUGUUUUUCCACUGCUGCAGCGGAAACUUCACAAAAUGGUGCAACAAUUACCCAAAUCUGGAGCGAAGGAGGCCGCUGUGCUGAAAGCUGGCCACCCACCUGCAGUGAAGGCAGGAGGUAAACGGGUGGCCAAGAAGGGCUUGGAAGAGGGUGCCACCACCCAUGGGACUCCAGAGAAGGAAGCGAAGAGGCCUGAAAAACUGAGCCGGUCCCUCGCCUCCUUCAACAGGACGCAACAAGUUGGCAUACUUCUCACAGGAAGUCUUGACAAGCUGAGCCACAGCUUUCCAGAGACUCCAGCGAGCGUGAGACACGGCAAGGUUUGUCCUGCGGUGGAGAAGCCUCACUGCCCCCGGACCUUCUUCAUCCAGCAGCCGAGGAAGUGGUGAAUGUGUUUAAAAUCACCACCCGCUCCCAACCUACCCCCACACCCCACCCUAAAGGGGGCAGCUGCAUCCAGUCAGCUGUGAAACGUGAAGUGUCAAAGAUCUCAAGGGAUCUUGCAAGGUGUCUGUAAACAAAUGUUCCUCAAACUGUUCGUUUAGAAGAAAAAUGACUUUAUUUUGUGCUCUGUCUUCAGCUAGCGCUUGUUUUUAUUUCCUUUGUCAGAGAUGCUGUAGUUGUUUUGUCAGCUGAUGUGGAGGAAAAACCAAUAGCAUUCGGGUUAAAGCGAGUUUUUAAAAUUAUGGGUUUGAAGGGGAAAUGAGGGGCGCUUGAACUGCUUUCACGUGAUUGCUUCCUUGUAUUCAGUGUAAUGCUUGGCACCUAUUGUAGUCAUGCUAAAUAAAUCUGGCAUUCCUUUCUGA